ACCGCGAGCGGGGGGCUGCGUUCUGCAUGCCCAGGACCGAGGCCGCCGCUGCCGCCCGGGAGGCCCAUCCCUGCUCCGAAUCGGCACUGCUGCCCGACCCCCAUGGGGACCACGGAAGCCACGCUCCGCAUGGAGAAAAUGGACAUGAGGCAGGACUGGGGGGACGAGGAGCCACCCAGGCCGCCCCCGGAAGACACGGAAAUGGAUGCGCUCGGCGGCUCGGCGGCAGACACGGCCUCCCCUCCCAGCACACUGAACUUCAGCGGGGCCCACCGGAAGCGGAAGACAUUGGUAGCCCCAGAGAUCAACAUCUCCCUGGACCAAAGCGAGGGCUCCCUGCUGUCCGACGACUUCCUGGACACGCCCGACGACCUGGACAUUAAUGUGGACGACAUUGAGACUCCCGAUGAGACGGACUCGCUCGAGUUCCUGGGGAAUGGCAACGAGCUUGAGUGGGAAGAUGACACCCCAGUGGCCACUGCCAAGAACAUGCCUGGGGACAGCGCAGAUUUGUUUGGGGACGGAGCGGCCGAGGACGGCAGCGCUGCCAACGGGCGCCUGUGGCGCACGGUCAUCAUCGGGGAGCAGGAGCACCGCAUUGACCUGCACAUGAUCCGGCCCUACAUGAAAGUGGUCACCCACGGAGGGUACUACGGCGAAGGCCUCAACGCCAUCAUUGUCUUUGCGGCUUGCUUUCUCCCCGACAGCAGCUGUGCCGACUACCACUACAUCAUGGAGAACCUCUUCCUGUAUGUCAUCAGCAGCCUGGAGCUCUUGGUGGCCGAGGACUACAUGAUAGUGUACCUGAAUGGGGCCACACCGCGGCGCCGGAUGCCGGGCAUCGGCUGGCUGAAGAAAUGCUACCAGAUGAUCGAUAGGCGGUUGCGGAAGAACCUCAAGUCGUUGAUCAUUGUGCACCCGUCGUGGUUCAUCCGGACCGUGCUGGCGGUGUCACGCCCCUUCAUCAGUGUCAAGUUCAUCAGCAAGAUCCAGUACGUGCACAGCCUGGAGGACCUGGAGCAGCUGAUCCCGAUGGAACAUGUGCAGAUCCCUGACUGUGUCCUCCAGUACGAAGAGGAGCGGCUGAAGGCCAGGAGAGAGAGCGCCAGACCCCAGCCCGAGUUUGUGCUGCCCAGGCCCGAAGAGAAGCCAGAGGCAGUGUUGGAGGAAGACAGGUCUGCGGAGGCCAUGCAAAAUGAGGAAACAAGCAUGUCCUGAGGUGGUGGAAUCUCAAAGAAGGACACGGAAGAAGGUUCCAGACACCAAGAAGCCCCGGCCCCUGUCCCCCUCGGCUCUGAGCCCACCUCACCUCCCAGGAUGCCGGUCCCCACCUUCCCACCAGCCUCUGCAGCUGAAAAGUCUCAACUAUUUUUGUAAGGACAUAGUGUUCACGCAUUCUGGAGCAGACAACCGGUUCUCAGCCUGCACCCCCCGGGAGAGCCAGCACCAUGAGGCAGGGUUCCCGCGCCCCCAGCCAGUGCGAGGCACGGGUUCCGGAUCCUUCCCUCGCCUGUCGCCUGCCCCACGUGGGAACCCCGGACGCCCACCAGCACCGCGGCUGCGUCUGAAUCUGUUCCUGUGCCUUUUCCUUCCAGAACACGACCCACUCCCUCCAGCCGGGCAGG